AUGUCACUGUUAGAGAUUUUAGAAAAGGCUCAAUCACUUGGCUUGAGUGGAGACCUCGCUCACGAGUUGAUUGAAAAACAGCAUCAGGCUGAGAGGGAAGAGCGCGCUGCCGAGCGAGAGGUAAAGAGAAUGGAAAUGGAAUAUGCCGAGGCUGAGAAGCGCCGAGCACAUGAGCUUGAACUCGCUAAAAUCCAGUCAGGUCCUAAUGGUAAUCAUAGCAACACUAAUGCUCAUAUGUUUGAAGGACUCAGACUGCCUACUUUUGCUGACGGUCAGGAUGACCUAGAUAGUUAUUUGCAGCGGUUUGAACGUCUGGCGGAAUUACACGGGUGGAAGGUUGAAGAUUACCAUGUUUACCUAGGUACUUGUUUACGGGGUCAGGCACUUAAGGUUUACGUAUCUUUGCCAGAUGACAUCGUUAGAGACUAUACUCGCUUAAAAGAGGCUUUGUUGAGGGCUUACUGUGUAGACGCAGAUUCUUAUCGGCGUAAGUUUCGUGAGAGCAGAUGUAAAGAUAAGGAGACGUAUGUCCAGUUAGUAAUUAGAAUGGAGCAGUACCUCGAUAGAUGGAUAACUAUGAGUAACGUUGAGAAGAAAUACGGUAGCUUGUUUGAUUUUCUGGUCAGGGAACAAUUAUUAAAUAAUUGCAGUUCCGAUCUCCGCGUAUUUCUGAAGGAGAAAGGCUGUGAAACUGCGGUGGAAAUGGCAGAAGCCGCUGAUAGGUACCGUAGUGCACACUCAUAUCGAGUAAGUAAAUUUUCAAGGUCGGUGACUAAACAGUCUACAAAUAUUGAAAAUGAGAUUCAGUGUCAUGGAUGUGGGAAGUCGGGUCAUAUCAGGCCUAACUGCCCUAACAACCCUAAGAACUUCAAAACUAAGAGUGAAUCCAAGGUUAAUUUUGUAUUUCAGUCGGAAAUCAAACCUCAGAAUUCAAUAAUUGACUCAAAUGGGAAGUUGUUUGAUAAGCCAGCAGAAAUAUUACUCGACACGGGAUGUUCCUCCGUAAUUGUAAACGAAAAGUUGGUACCGUCUAGAUUUAAAUUAGGUCCUGUAGUCAAGGUAUAUGAUUAUCUGGGCAUUUCAAAUUCAUUCCCUAAAGUAAGAUGCUUUAUUAAAAGUAAAUUUUUCACAGGGUGGAUCAGUGCGGUUGCAGCACCAAUCAAAUUUGCAGAUGUGCUGAUUGGACUCGUUCCAGGUGUGAAACUACCUGGGGAGCACGAUCCUCUUUCGCUCGCUUAUGACGGCAGUAAAGACACCGCCACGGAUUCCAAUUGCUCGCAGCCUAACCCUACCCCACUCGCUGUUACCGAGGUAGGGGAUGUUCAGUCUGAGCGCGACAGAUCUCGUGACACUAAAAUUCCCACGGUUGCUAUGGCUGUUAAAACUCGUUCAUCGGAGUCAAAAUCUAUAACAUUAGCUUGCCCUGAAUUCUUGGAUCUAAACAUAACUAAAAGUAAUCUAAAAGAGGAACAGCAGAACUGCCCAAGUCUAAAAACCAUAAGGGAGAAAGUUAAAAGCGGCGAAAAUGUAAAUGUAAAAUCUAGAACGGUAAAAUAUGAGCUUGUCAAUGAUCUCAUUUACAGGGUGUGUUUAAAAAGCAAACAUGAAUAUGAAAUUGGGAGUAAGCAACUGGUGAUUCCCGAGAAGUAUCGGAUUCACGUCCUGAAUCUCGCACACGAUUCCCUUACAGCUGGUCAUUUCUCGCACAGAAAGACGAGUUAUAAAGUAUUUUCAAAGUUCUUUUGGCCCGGUGCAGGUGCCCAGAUUAAAAGGUACUGUCGAUCAUGUCCGACCUGUCAAAAGUUUUCAUCUAAAGGAAGUGUGAGAAGAGUACCGAUGAAAAACCUCCCCAUAAUUUCAGAGCCAUUCUCACGUGUAGCUAUAGACAUAGUGGGUCCUUUUACACCAGCUUCCGAGAGAGGAAAUAAGUAUAUUCUCACUCUAAUAGACUAUGCGACUAGGUACCCCGAAGCUGUUGCUUUACAAAAUAUUGACACGAUCACAGUGGCCGAAAGUUUAGUAGAAAUCUUCUCGCGAGUCGGUAUACCGAGGGAAAUCUUGUCAGAUCGUGGGUCUCAAUUUAAGUCGGAUCUAAUGGGUGAAAUCCAUAGAUUACUCUCUGUAAAAGCCUUGUACACGAGUCCCUACCAUGCUUCGUGUAAUGGUGCAGUUGAAAGGCUGAAUGGGGUGUUAAAAUCCAUGAUUAAAAGGCUUUGUACUGAUCACCCGAGAGACUGGGAUCGCUUUAUACCUGCUGCCCUGUUUGCAUAUAGAGAUUCCUAA